GCGGUGGCCUCCUGCAUCAUGUCGACCCCUCCCCACAGCGCAACAGGCGUCCCCCUCACCCAAAACACCGCCCCCGUCGUCAAACACCGAUGCCUCUACACCCAUGAUCUGCGACGCAAAGCCAAACGAUGGCAGGACGGCUUCCUCCGAUAUCACACCUUCAACAAGCGGAUUAUGGUCUACGACACGGCAGGCAAUUUUGUCGGCGAUCAGCACGGACGGCACGAGGAGGGGAUCCAGGAUGGGGAUGAGUUGGAACUCGAUCGAGGCGUCUUAGUCCAGGUCGGCGAGUCGAUGGAACGCACCGAGACGGAUCUGUCGGGUUUGUACAGCAAUAAGAAGACCCAGCAGAGCCCUCGGCCGCGUGCGGGGGAUUCUCCCGUGCCCUCUAUGCGACCGGGGACGGGGACCCCUGUCCGGUCGUCCCUCUCGUCGCAUCCGCCGCGGUCGCUGAACGAUCUGCUGGGUAUUAGAAAGACCCCGGUCACUCGACUCGUGUCGCCAUAUGAGCAGCGUCAUCCGCCCAACGAGACUACCAGGGAUCUGUCGCCGCCGGAAAGACCGGCGCCGGACAGACCUGCGAAACGCUUCAAGGCGACUCCGAAGGGCCGGCCUCAACCGGUCGUGAUCGACUUAUGCGAGCCGUCGGAGAGACCACCAGAGCCGGUCCAAACGCCAACAACGAGCGCCUCCUCCGUCCGAAAGUCAGACCCUCCCCGAGCCAUUCCCAUACCACCAACAACCAACGCCAAUACCGAACCCAAGAGGAAGAAUAGCACGACCACACCGAGGGGAGCCCCACCUCCCUCGCCUCCAUCCGCGCCACCGAAUGUCGAAUCCAGACCCCCCGAAGCACCACUCAGCACCCUCCGAAUAUCAACAGACCGACCCCGCAAGAAACUACUAUACCAAGCCCUAAAACCGAAGCAACCCGGCCCUACAACUCCAUCAAGGGCGACCAAACCCGUCCCCGAUUCGCAGGCGGCUCUCUCCGACGUCCCUCCCUCAUCAACCAAUCCCGACUUUGUCCCUUCCUCAUCAACCCUCUCAAUUUUGGACGAAAUGGUCAACAGCUCAACCAGUCGCCCGGCCCCACGGAUGAAUCCCGCAAUGCGAUCAACCGGCCUCCGCAAAGCGUUAUCAGACCCCACCGCUUUAACAAGGAGGAACGGUCCCACCGCCCUAACACGGAGGAAUAACCCCUUCGGUGGACCUCUCCAGGAGGAUACACCGGGGGAACAAGGUCCAUGGACGGCUGAGGCGAUGGAUUUGUUUGAUUUUUGGCCGCCGGGUAGGCCGAAACCUGGCUAGCGGCCACGAUUU